AAUGUGAUUGCGUCUAACAGAGAGAAAGAGAGAGAGAGAGAGAGAGAGUGAGAGUGAGUGAGUGAGAAAGAAAGAGAGAGAGAGAGAGAGAAAGAGAGAGAGUUAAAGAAAUAACGAUCGAGCUUCUUCGAUUCAGAGUGGUGUGUUCUUCUUCGUGAUUACUUUCCCUGGUCCAUCGUGUGAUCGCACGAAUGUCGCGACGCGAUGUCGCCCGAUAACGUACGCGUCGAGCCGCAAAACCUGGCACUCGACGUCACGGCUAUCAUCGGUUCCUCCUGACAAUAUGAGCCUCGUCAAGCAUUGUCGUACUACGCGAUCGCUAAUAAGAGUACUAUCACUAUUGGUACUGCUGGUGCUGGCGAGUGUUCUCCUCAACAUCAUCGCAACCACUGUCGCCGUCGUCGUCGUCGUCGUCGCCAUCGUCAUCAACAUCAUCGUCGUCGUCGUCGUCGUCGUCGUGGUGAAGAAUCUUGCGACUUCUAUUGUUACUCUUGUCGUUGCUGACUCAAGAUCUCUGUUCUAUUUAUCAAAGGAUUAUUAACCUUCAAGGAGAACUUCGUACUCCCGUGUGUGUGCUAUCGUGCCCGUUAAAACCACCCUAAAACACGUGCGACCUUUCCCGUGGGAUUAUCGUUCCUUGUGUGUAUUAUUAUUAUUCGUGUGUCACGAAGAAGAAGGACGACGACGAUUCGUCCUUCUUUAUAUUCUUCUUCGUUGUUUACGUUCUUUACUAUCAGUUUUUUACAUUGAUACCACCACCACCACCACUACUACUACUACUACUGCCAUUACUACAAUUACUACUACUAUUAUUACUACUACUACUACUACUACUAUUUGGUGCUUCUUAUACUUAUUCUCGUUUUAUGUGUUUGCGAAUGAUCGUGGAUUUAUUUUCUUCUAUCUUACGUUAUUAUCAUUAUAACAUAUACACAGUGAGCCACGGAUAUCAAGCGAUGAUGGCAGCGUUCAUGAUCGCCAGCAGCACCAUGGAUCUUUGCCUCAGCACUGUGGUGACAAUGUGCCGCGCUUUCGCGAGCACCUCGACCGAUGUUACGAAUUGGAGCGUUACAAGCUCGGCCGAACAACACAGUUAAUAUCUGGAGCGCGUUGGACGCGAACGCUUCGCUUUCGUGAUAUAUCGUGGCCAUAUAAGCUACGGCUUUAACAACGAUACGCUUGCAAAACGGUAGACUGAUUUCCAUGUUUAUGGAAGGUCAGUUAGAGGUUAACCCACGACACGACCGCCGAAGACCUAUGUUAAACGUCUACCUUCAAAGACCAUUUUUUCUCAUCUCCAGGUCGAGGACAGGAUCAAGAACGAGGUCGAUCGUAAUCUGCCUUACACUGUUACUAACAAUGGAAGCGAGGAGCAUAGAGGGUACGAACAUGACAAACGCGUCCUCCUCCUCCUCCUCCUCCUCCUCUUCCUCCUCUUCGUCUUCGUCAUCGUCCUCCUCCUCGUCCUCGUCGUCGUCGUCGUCGUCGUCAUCAUCCUCAUCCUUGUCAUCGUCGUCCUCCUCCUCGUCGGCUGUGUCGACGUUAAAGCCGAUUACAACGACGGAAGUAGUUUAUCAACGAUUCGCCAUCGAGCCAAUGGAUCAAACCGCGGUGGUCGGUAGUAGAGUAACACUUCCUUGCCGAGUUCUUGAUCAAAAGGGACCGAUUCAAUGGACGAAGGACGAUUUUGGACUUGGUGCUGUUAGGAAUCUCACUGGAUACGAACGUUACGCUAUGAUCGGUAGCGACGAAGAGGGUGAUUUUUCAUUGCACAUAUAUCCGGUUGAGCUUGAGGAUGAUGGCGUUUAUCAGUGCCAGGCCUCGCCGACGAACGACGGUCAACCAGCCUUACGAUCGAGAUUUGCUCGUUUGAGUGUAUUGGUGCCGCCUGAACCACCGAAGAUCCUUCAGGGGGACUUUCUCGUGACGACUGAAGAUCGAGAGCUCGUAAUCGAGUGCGUUAGUGUUGCUGGAAAACCACCGGCAGAGAUCACGUGGAUCGACGGGCGAGGCAACGUGCAACAUAGAGGUAUAGAAACCACCAAGGAACUCUUCGAUGGUGGCCCUUUGUAUACGGUGAAGUCGGUUCUGAAAGUGAUGCCACGUAAGGAGCACGACAAUACCACCUUCACGUGCCAAAGUCAAAACGCGGCCGAUCGGACGCCGCAAAGUGCCAAGUUACGUGUCGAGGUACGUUACGCACCAAAGGUGUCACUAAAAAUCCGUGGCUCUGGUGUAUCGGAUAAGAAACGUAUCGUCGAGGGAACAGAGUUGAGGUUCAAAUGUCGCGCCGAGGGCAAUCCCCCGGAUAUGGAGUACAGGUGGUUUAUCAACGAGAAAAAGGUCAUCGGAGACUAUACGACGGAAAUGAUCAUUCACAACGCGACGCGGGAUCUUCACGAUGCGAUCGUAAAGUGUGAAGUUCAUAACGAUGUCGGCAAAAGCGAAGAAACUGAAACGCUAGAUAUAACAUACGGACCACAAUUUCGACAUUCGCCAGCUUCCGUAGAAACACACUAUGGUGCAACGGAAAUCUUGCAGUGCGACGUCGAUGGAAAUCCCACACCCGAGAUUCUAUGGUUCCAUGAGGAUUCGGAACACGUGGUAGCCACAAGCCCAAAUAUAAGCGUUUUCGUCAGUCCUGAGACAGCAGGACGUUAUUUUUGCAAGGCUCACGUACCAGGUUUUCCUUUACUGACGGGUUCCGCCAACAUUUACAUUCGUGGACCACCUAGCAUAGUGUCACAAAGGAUUCAGUACGUGCCAGACGAGGGAGUGGUCAAGGUAAAGUGCACUGCGAUAUCGGUGCCAAAAGCGGAAUCCGUAGUAUGGAGCUUCGCUGGUCGUGAGCUCAAUUUCUCGUUGAACAAUACGCCGUUCUACGUUCAGGAAGAAUACACGCCGGAGAGGGUCGUCAGCACUGUCACAUUGGUCGAACCAGUAUCCACCUAUUUCGGGGAUUACAACUGUACGGUGACGAACAGUUACGGCACGGAUUCUGUCAUAAUCAACCUGACAGCACACACGUUGAUUCCAGUCGAUUUGCAACUGAUUCUCAUCAUCGUUGGACUCGUUGUCUGCGUGAUCCUGAUUGGGAUUAUUGUUCUACUCAUUCUACAAUGUCGCGAUCGUAUUAAACAGCCACGACCGAGGACGGCACAAACACAAGAAACCGAUAUGCAAGAAACGGACUCGAACGCGGAUCGAUAUCGCGAGAGCGAUAGAAGCAGCAAUCUCUCGGAUGUCAAAGCGGACAUACGAGCUGGUUCGAGCGUUAGCAAUGCGGAAAGCGUAACAGCACUUGACAGCGAGGGUGAAGGAAGCACUCGAGGAGUUAACGCGUUGGCACUUGCCGGGCCCGUUCCGAAUCCCCUUGGCUUUCGUUAUAGCGCAGAUUACACGGAACCAUCCUUUCCACCAAAAAAUAAUGACGGGAGCAACAAUAACGGCUAUGUGCCAUACGUGGAUUACACGCGGGACUACAUGCCACCGACAACGCAAGGAAUGGGAGCGUCACGGGAAUCCUUGAGCAGGAUACCGUCCGGCGGAAUUCUCGCAUCGAAGAAAAUUGGACUGAGUUCGGCGAACUUGGGAACAUCCACUCCACAAACAACGCCGGUCAUCGAUCCACGUUUUUCUGCGACCUAUGGCAAUCCUUAUCUCAGGAUGUCAGCGGCUGAACAGCUGAGGCACGCGCCACACACGGCAGUGCCCGGAGUCACGCCAGCUCCUCCACCAUAUACUCAAGCAAUGAGGAUGAAUAGCUUAAACACCUUGAAUGGUGCUGGACCACAGGCGCCAUUGUCAGCGCAUUAUAUAACCGGAGGGCCAAACGGUGGUGUGGCAACCGUAAAGCGUACUUCGGCAGUAGGAACAUUAGCGACGCACGUAUGAGGCCAGGGGGUCUAUCCGAACUAGAACCAUCGACGACGCACGGGAGGCGCCAUCUUCGAAGCUCCUAGUCGUAUCCGAGAGGAAGAAGCGUAUCGAAUGGAUGAAGAAUAUCAAGAGCGUUGCUGUUUUCGUCAAAUUUCAUCGUUGGAACGUCGUCGACGUGAAUUCGUCGGAAGAAAGAUAGGAUCAUCCUUGAAAAAUGAGAUAAGGCGAGAACGAAUGAAGCUGUUGGAGAACGGCGAGAUGUUGGGCUACAUCGAUCUCGUUUUAAAGCAAUUGAGAAAAGCUAGCAGAGAUCAUCGAUUACUUGUCGAGCAACGUCAUCUUCGUGACUCCCCGACGUUUGAACGUCAUCGUUUCUUCGAAGCUCCAACUUCCUCGUCAGUUUAUACGAGAGAUUGGAUAAAGAAUAGAACAAGAAGGAGGGAGGAAAUGCAGGAAGAACUCUUGGAAUAUCAUCCACGAACAGCAACGAGAUUGUUGACGAAAAGAAAGACGUACGUCGAUCGAGAAGAAGAGAAAAGAGGUAGGACCUUCGGAUACGGUAAAAGUAGAGGAGCUUUCGAGAGGAUCGUCGAAUCGAGCAGCUGUCGAGAUCCAAAUUACGUUCUCGAUCAAGAAGGAUUCGAGAGGAAACCUUUCGAUCGGCAACUCUUCGACUGGACGGGUAGAUCCUCGACCGGUACCUCGACCGUCGUUUGAUCGUCGGACCAACGAAGAUUUCGACCUGUAAUCCUAUCAGCCUUUUUUCUUCGUUCUUCGUCGUCCUUCGGCGAAAGAAAUCGUUGACGAAAGAGAAAGGAAAAAAGAGAAAAAUAGAGAGAGAGAGAGAGAGAGGAAGAAGGUAGAGAUAAAGGGAAAGAGACAAGCGUACGUAACAGAGGCGAUACGAAGAUUUCACCUACGUUGAAAAUCGAUGCUUCUCGAUCGACCAUCGAAGGUAAAAUUCUCGAUUCGAAUUUCUCAAAAGAAUUUCAAGCGACGUUCGUUUCUCUCAACGAUUUUUAUCAAGAGAACGUUUCUCAAAGUUAAACGAACUAAUACGUUCUCUCUUAUUUCUCUUUUCAAAUACGAGACGAAUAAGAAAAAAGAAGAAGAGGAUCAAAAAGAAAGAAGAAAGAAGAAGAAGAAAUAUAAUGCUCGAAAUACGCUAACGUAAGGAUAAUGGCUUAUGAACGAUGGUUACGUUCGGAUUUAUAUAUCGAAGAAUAGAUUAUUCUUCGAUAUGGAAAACAGACCACUCGGUAUCGACAAUCCACUACUGACAUAUUUUAGAUCUCGAUAAGCAUUUAAACGAUUCGUUCGAACUGACGAAAUUCUCGUCGAGAUGACGUGGAGAUGAUAACGUCGAGAUAACAAUCGAGGAACGAGAAUACGUCGAUUUCAUGUGCUCUUUCUCUCUUGAGCAUUCCUAGAACUAAUUAGCGGAAAGAGAGCAUUGUACUGCGAUUCGUGAAAAAAAAGAGAGAGAGAGAGAGAGAGA